AUGGCUCCCUUAGCCGAAGUCGGGGGCUUCCUAGGCGGCCUGGAGGGCUUGGGCCAGCAGGUGGGCUCGCACUUCCUGUUGCCUCCCGCCGGGGAGCGGCCGCCUCUGCUGGGCAUUCUGGAAUUCAUCAGUGUGGCAGUGGGACUGGUCAGUAUCAGAGGUGUGGACAGUGGUCUUUACCUUGGAAUGAAUGACAAAGGAGAACUCUAUGGAUCAGAGAAACUGACUUCCGAAUGCGUCUUUAGGGAGCAAUUUGAAGAGAACUGGUAUAAUACCUAUUCAUCCAACAUAUAUAAACAUGGAGACACUGGCCGCAGAUAUUUUGUGGCACUUAACAAAGACGGAACUCCAAGAGAUGGUGCCAGGUCCAAGAGACAUCAGAAAUUUACACAUUUCUUACCUAGACCAGUGGAUCCAGACAGAGUUCCAGAACUGUACAAGGACCUACUGAUGUACACUUGA